ACGUACACUGAUUUGUGCAAGACUGACUGACUGUUGACCAAAAACAGAAAGGAUUAUACACUCAAAAUGUCUUACUUUUUAUCGUUACCUGUGGAUGACAAAUAUGAGAAGAAACUGCAGCACAAGAAGCAUGUGCUAGCGGAACGUGGAAAGGUCAUCUUUAAUCCCGUCCGUGCCAAGCAAGCGUACGAUGUCGCGGAGAUUCAGCAUCAAAUUGUCGACAAACGCCAUCGUCAACGAGGCGAAGCGAUGCGCGAUUUGGCGUUCGAUCAAGCCGCUCACCGAUUAGACGCCGCGCAUCAUGCCAUCAUACAGAAAGAACAUGAGUACAAAAAAUUUGCCAACUCACAACUGGACCAGUAUCGCAAGCUGUUCCAGAGGAAAGAAGAUUUGGCCAGCUUCGAAUUAAACGAUCCGCAUUGGCUGAAAAAGCAGCGACCCAUCGGCGCCGACGGGGACUUUUCCGCCUAUGGACCGUCCAGUGUCGUGACUUUCGACGGAGAAAAGCUGCGCACACCGAAAGAAAUCGAGCUUCGGACCCGGAAGCAGCGCGAUGAUUUGGGGCGGCAGUUGGAUGAGAAAAGAACCCGCCAGGAUCACGAGCGCAACGUCAACAGCAACCACAGCGCCGAGUUCCUGGCCCAGCAAGCCCGCUUGGACGCCAUCGACCGCGCCACGGAGGACCUGCAGAAAGCGACGACCUUGGCCACACGUCGCUACAACGAAGCUCUGUUAGCGACCCAAGAGGACCACAAACGUCGCUUCCGCGAGCAAGAACAGGCCGACGCCGCCGCCCACGUCAAUAACGUCCGCAACGGCGCGCUCUUGAACGAGGUCAGCGUGCAUGCGCGCGACUGGCGCGGUCUGUCGCCGGCGCAGCUGGACGCCGUCUACGCGCAGCGCGAUCAACAGGUGCACGAGCGCGCCAAUGCGCGGUUGCAAGAGCGCCAAGAAGACUACGUGUGGGACAAUUAUUUCCGCAAUGUCGAGAACCAGGUGAAGAAAGAGCUGCUGGCGCUGGAGGAGGAGCGCGCCGCGGUGCGCAGGAAUCUCGACGCGCUUAACCAGAAGAUGGCACUGGAGAGGAAGGACCGCGAGGAAGUGGAGCUGAUCAUGAAGAACGGGGCGCAGCCCACGCCCGAGUGGUUCGAUAAGUUCGAAAGCGAUCCACGAUGAGCGGCGACCUUUCCAAUAAUAAAUAUUCAGUAAACUAAUUCGUUACUUAAUAAACGUUCUCUUAUAAGAGAGCGUUUACCAUCGAUGAUCGAGGUUAAUUAUUUUUAAAUAAUUAUUGAGAAUUAAAUAAUCUUGAUGGUGCGGCAUUUUACGUCAGCGAUGAUCAGGAGUGAACAACUAUACGUCUCUUCAUCUCUAUUAUUAGCUAGAUAUAAUUAGGCUGUCAGUUGGUAUUUGGAGAAGCACAGUUAAGAAGACGUUGACUGUGUUAUGCUGUCCAAGAUUUUAGCCUUGAAUGAUUAAUGUCAUCGAAAGUUGAGUGGCCAGAGUGGGUCACCGCGAAGCAGUUGUUCUUGUCGA